GCUAUCUUUACCUGUGGGCCCAGGUGAUCCAUUCACCUGACUUAGUUCUACGCCCCCGUGAGGAUGCGGCUGGAACACCGAGGUGAACAAACGCAAAAGAAUUCACAUUGAGAAAAGGAAAACCCAACCAGGAAGUGAACGAAGGGAAUUAGCCACCUUCAGACUUCUUGAGGCGCAGGAAUCAACAAAACGGAGCUGAAAUUACGCUUAAGUGAGAGAAGUUUCAAGUCGGUUAUUGUUGAAGCGAGGACUUCGACUUUCCGACAACAUGGGUCUUGGAGACAACCCCAGCGCCAUGGAGAAUGGAGGGGAGAGGGAGGAAGAGGAGAUCGUGGAAGUGGACAAGGUGACGGCCUUGAAGUCCCAAGUGGACGGCGUGAAGCAGAUCAUGACCCAGAACGUGGACCGCAUCCUGGCCCGAGGAGAGCGGCUGGAUGACCUCAUGGACAAAUCAGAAGACCUUCAAGCAGGCGCCCAGAACUUCAAGCAGACGUCCCAGAAGGUGGCCCGCUCGUACUGGUGGAAGAAUGUGAAGAUCAUCGUGGUGAUCAUCGUGGUGGUGCUCAUCAUCGUGCUCAUCAUCAUCCUCCUGGCCACCGGAGUCAUCCCCGUCAGCAACCCUGUGCCACCCCCACCCACCAUACAGCCACCACCCACCAACCCUUAAACAGGCUCUUACUCUCCCUCUCUCACUCGUUCUUAUUCCUCCCUCUCUCUGUAUCGUUCUCCUUCUAUUUCAUUCUCUCUCUCUCUCUCUCUCUCUCUCUCUCUCUCUCUCUCUCUCUCUCUCUCUCUCUCUCUCUCUCUCUCUCUCUCUCUCCUAUAUCAAUCUUUCUCUUUGUAACUCUCCUGCAGAUGGUGAUGAUACACAAGGUAUCUUCUUUUAGCAAUGUGUCUUCGCAACUACACUAUGAAGUGUUGUUUUGACUGUUUUUCACUCUUCACACUUUUCUCAUGAUAUCUUGGAUCAGCAGCCGACAACUUUUUGUUAUCAUUCCAUCGAUCAUGUUGUUGCCCUGCAAUAUCGCUCAAAAUUUGCAAGGUGUCUUUACUAAUCCUAUCUUUCAGACUCUCUUUCUCUCCGUUUGUUUGUUACGUUUUCUCUCUCUCUCUCUCAAAUGCAUAGUUUUUUGCACAUUAUGCUCACACCUUCAACGGUCAUGUGGCGUGGUAGUUUCACAACUGCCAGAGUCGAAAUAGAGUCUGACCGAUGUCACUUCUCACUACACACCAUGAGCUGUAAACAACCAGUCUCCCUGCUUCCGAACCGCAUGACUUGGUGUAGACUUUUUUUAAAUCAUCAAAACGCUUCUCAGAAGAGCUAGAAUGUUACAUGCCUGUUGUAGCCUACACAGUAAAUUCUGCAGUGCUCAUUUAACACUUAGAGAGUUGAUUUGACAUCAUUUGGACUUAAAUAUACUCUGGAAGUGUUGAAUUAACACCGCAACAUUUACUGUGUACAUUAGUGUCCAGUAUGCAGGACUUAGGUCAUGAAAUGAAGAAGAAAAAAAAUGUCUGAUUAUUUUUUGUAUGUUGUUUCUCUUCUUAGGCAAAUAGUCACUUUGUUAAAAUGUAUAAAUAAGCAGUGUGUCAGCCCCCUCUUCCUGAUGUUGUGUGUCGUAAGCCCACAGAUGUGUGUAAACAUUGCCUGACGGGCCUUUGGACCAGGAUGUCUGCCAGGGUGCUGAUUGUAUGGGCUUUCGGCUUCCUAAAUGUCAUUCCCUCUCACCCACAUGUUUUAAUAAAAAAAAACAAUGAUGCUAUUUCAUAGCUGACAUGUUUUAGUUAUGCGGACCUAUUGAGAUCAGUAGUCACGGAGGUAUGAACAAACAUCAGACGUUUGUGAGUGUGGGAGUGAGUGAGCCAGCCAGGCAGCUGGAAAGACAAGACCAUUUAAAUUGUAGCUUGGAGAAAAGAAAAAUGGAGGAUUGCUUUUUUUCUCUCUGAAAGCAUUGUUACUUUUCCCACUUGUCCCUUGCGCAAUGAAAAUCAUGGACUUGCUAUUGGCUAGUUAGAAACUGAAGGCUAGAAAUGGAAGUUCAAGAACCCAUGAUAAGGCUAGUAAUAGUUUGUUACACAGUCAUGUUUUUCAUCAUGAUGAAGCAGUUCAUAUGUAGCUGUCAUAGGAAAGUGGCAGUACAGCAUGUGAAAUCGGACUGAUUUAAUUUGCUGUCAUGCUAUCGUAUGAGCUUUGGUGAGAUUGGAGAGUCACCUGCAUUGUUUGUAAAUACCUGGAAAUACCUUUGCUUGUACUGUAUAUGUCGAUCAAUCUGUCGGUAUGAAUGAAAUGGGUGCCCAAUUAUAUUAGUUUGUGGAAGGUCAAGGUUAUUUAUUUAUGCCUGUUUUUAU